GUUCUUGGAGAAAUUGCACUUCUAGCCUUUAUAUUUGCUUUUGUAGCAAAAAGGAAAAAGAAGCAUCAGCAACUAGAAGAAAAAAACAUGGAUGUCGAAAUUUCUUUUUCGAUAUUGAAGUUUGAUGGGAAGACGAUGUAUGAGAAAAUUGUAAGGGCAACAAAAGAUUUUGAUUCUAUGUAUUGCAUAGGGAAGGGAGAACAUGGAACUGUCUACAAAGUAACUUUGUCAAAUGCUAACACAGUAGCUGUGAAGAAACUCCAUCUGUUAUGCGAUGAUGAUGAGAAUCUUCAAAAUGAAUUCUUGAAUGAAAUCAGGGCACUAACUGAGAUGCGACACCGAAAUAUUGUGAAGCUUUAUGGUUUCUGUUCACAUAGGCGACACUCAUUUUUGGUGUAUGAGUAUCUUGAAAAGGGUAGUUUGGCCACAGUGUUGACCAAAGAUGAGGAAGCUAAAGAACUGUGGUGGAGUAAAAGGGUGAAUAUUGUUAAAGGUGUAGCUCAUGCCCUGUGUUACAUGCACCAUGAGUGCUUGCCACCAAUUGUGCACCGGGACAUAUCAAGCAAGAAUAUUUUGUUGGAUUCUGAAUAUGGGGCCUAUGUUUCAGACUUUGGCACCGCUAAGUUUUUAAAUCCAAACUCAACUAAUUGGACUGCCCUUGCAGGAACUUACGGAUAUGUUGCACCAGAGCUGGCAUAUACAAUGGAAGUAAAUGAGAAGUGUGAUGUUUAUAGCUUUGGAGUGGUGGCAUUGGAGAUAGUUGUAGGAAGACAUCCUAGAGAUCUUCUCUUAUCUCUAUCAUUGGGGUCAUCGUCGUCAUCAUCAUCAGCUGCCUUAGCAGCCCAUCCAAUGCCAGUUUUAGAUGUUUUGGACCAACGCAUUUCCCCUCCAACACAUCAAGUUGCAGGGGAAGUGCUCUUGCUUAUGAAGAUAGCAUUUGCAUGCCUGAAUUCCUGUCCUCGUUCUCGUCCAACAAUGAAACAAGUUUCUCAACAAUUUGAAACUCAUCAGAGGCUGCAUUUAUCAAAGCCAUUACGUAUGAUAACACUAAGUGAAUUGCUUGCUCUCGAUGGUUUGGCUUUGACUAUCUGA